UCUAUAAUUCCCACACGGGAGAAUGAGCGGGGCUCUUGUACACACCAGCAGCAGCCUCCAUUCACCUAGUGCAGGGUAACCCACCGCCAGCUCAGGGCCACAUAUAUAUACACAGGGACUACUGUACACUUUACACCGUGUAUAUGUAGGGACUGCUGCCCCCCUGCCCUGAGUUACCUGCAGCUGGAGGAGGAGGGGGACAGCCGGGACCUUGUCACCUACACUCUUCCCAUGCAGCUGCCGCCUCCAUCCCACCCUCAGCACCAGCCGCCCCGGGUACAGGAGCACUAGGCUGCCCCGCGCCCGGCUCCAUUCUCCCCGGGGCUCUCCUCCCUUCCGCUCAGCGUUGGCUCCAUCCCCAGCAGCCGCCUUGGAUCCGUCGGCGUACUGCGAGACUCCGGUGUACAAUCCGGAUCUCUGCCCCAACAUGAUCGCGGCCCAGGCCAAGCUGGUGUACCACCUGAACAAGUACUACAACGAGAAGUGCCAGGCCAGGAAGGCGGCCAUCGCCAAGACCAUCCGGGAGGUGUGCAAGGUGGUGUCCGACGUGCUGAAGGAGGUGGAGGUGCAGGAGCCGCGCUUCAUCAGCUCGCUCAACGAGAUGGACAACCGCUACGAGGGCCUGGAGGUCAUCUCGCCCACCGAGUUCGAGGUGGUGCUCUACCUCAACCAGAUGGGGGUCUUCAACUUCGUGGACGACGGCUCGCUGCCCGGCUGCGCGGUGCUGAAGCUGAGCGACGGCCGCAAGCGGAGCAUGUCCCUCUGGGUGGAGUUCAUCACCGCCUCAGGUUACCUGUCCGCACGCAAGAUCCGCUCCCGCUUCCAGACGCUGGUGGCCCAGGCCGUGGACAAGUGCAGCUACCGGGACGUGGUGAAGAUGGUGGCGGACAGCAGCGAGGUGAAGCUGCGGAUCCGGGACCGCUAUGUGGUGCAGAUCACCCCGGCCUUCAAGUGCACCGGCAUCUGGCCCCGCAGCGCUGCCCACUGGCCCCUGCCCCACAUCCCCUGGCCCGGACCCAACCGGGUGGCCGAGGUGAAGGCGGAGGGCUUCAACCUGCUCUCCAAGGAGUGCCAUACCCUGGCCGGCAAGCAGAGCUCGGCCGAGAGCGACGCCUGGGUGCUGCAGUUCGCCGAGGCCGAGAACCGGCUGCAGCUGGGCGGCUGCAGGAAGAAGUGCCUGUCCGUGCUGAAGACGUUGCGGGACCGGCACCUGGAGCUCCCGGGGCAGCCGCUCAACAACUACCACAUGAAGACUCUGGUCUCGUACGAGUGCGAGAAGCACCCCCGGGAGUCGGACUGGGACGAGGCCUGCCUGGGGGACCGGCUGAACGGCAUCCUGCUGCAGCUCAUCUCCUGCCUGCAGUGCCGCCGGUGCCCGCACUACUUCCUACCCACCCUGGACCUCUUCCAGGGCAAGCCCCACUCCGCCCUGGAGAACGCCGCCAAGCAGACCUGGAGGCUGGCCCGGGAGAUCCUCACCAACCCUAAGAGCCUGGAGAAGCUCUGAGCCCCCCACCGUGGUCACUGGACAGUACCAGCUCAGCCACCCCCAGACUCUCCUGGUGCCACCAUGCCAGGGCGCUGUCACCACAGCCCAGGGGCACAACCUGGAAUACUCACCUGGGGAGAGACCCUUCCGCUGCCAACAUGCACUACUAGUACUGGGUGGUAUAGUCCCCGGGCAGGGAAAGGGUUACUUACCCAUGCCACCAUGCCAUGCUAUACAUCCUAUGUGACUCCAACCUGUAAUAUACAGUGGUCUGCGAUCGACUUCACACGGAUACAAUAUUUAUAUUCCACCGAUUUCAUUUUUCUACCACCAGUAUAAUAAAUGAAGGUGACGAUCAGCAUUUGCUGAGCAAUUUACUACGAAAACAUUUUCGAUCCGAGCUAUUUCACGGAGAUUAUUUGAAUACACAUCAACGGUUGGAAACUCCUAAUAUUUCAGUGACAUUAAAAAUAAUAGAAACGUUUUCAUUUUUAUUUUAUUUUUUAAAAUCGACGGCUUAAACAACGUUGUUUAAUGUUGGAUUAUAAUGUCAGUAUUCUGGUUAAAACCUUUGGAUUUGCCACAUGAACAAACUAACUGUAAAUGUACUUUUUUUUAUUUUAUAUAUACAUAUAUCAGCAUAUUGUGACUGGCAGUGUCUAUAAAUUGUGGAUGUUCUUGUUUUGUGAUCUGGUGAAGUCUGAUUUCCGUUUUGGAUACGACAGGACAUAUACCUGCUACGGAGAUACCGUAUAAGAAAGGUCGCAUUUCUCACGGUACUUUUUUUAUUUUUGUUUUGUUUUUGUUUUUUAUUUGAAAGUUUCAGAACUUUGAAGUUUACAUUUUUUUUGUUUCAUAAAUGCUUGUUCUAUUCCUAACAUUCCAUAAAUAUACUUGAAAUGUUAUUUAAAUAUAUUCAAAUGAAAUUUGAAUUUUGCUUAUUAAGAUGGCGCUUGGAUAUUCGAAUGAUAUAUAAAUAUAUAUAUUUGAAAAUGCACUUGAAAUACACUGGAUAAUUACAUCUGUGAUUUUAGAUUUUAAACUGUUGCGGAUUCUAA